UGCUUUCAUUUUCUCAAGAUUUCUUUUUACAACAAAUUUAUCGUCACCUAAAGAGACUGAAUGAAGAUCCCGAUCUAGAAAGAUUUUUAAUUGAUCCAAUACCAACGGAUUAUUUCAAGAAUAAACGACCCUUUUAUCUGAGAAAAUCGUUUCGGUGGACAGCUGGAUAUGCUAACAAACGUAAUUAUGCUAAAGAGCUUCUUCAUAUCUGCAAUCAAUCUGGAAUCAAGACCUGGAAAAAUGUGAGAAACGUGCUCGGUAUAUGGGACAUCAAGAAAAUUGCGGAGGGAGUGUAUUCCGAUGUUUUUAUUGGCGAGUAUAAGAGGACGAUGGCCAUACUGAAGUUGAUCCCAAUUGGUGCUGAGGGACAGAUCGAAAGAUUAUAUGAAAAUUCGUUCCGCGAAGCAGCUGCGAAAGUAGUCGUUCUGAAAGAACUUACGGGACUCAGUGAAGUUGGUGAAGGACAUUCUACGGAAGGAUUUAUUCAGCUCAAUGGAGCGAUGGUUAUAAAAGGAAAUUAUCCGUUGUCGAUGGUUCAUGCAUGGAAAGUGUACAAACAAAGCAUGAGCUCCUACAAAUUAAACCCAACUUUCUUUCCCCCAAACCAAAAUUAUCUGCUUCUUGCCUUCGAGUAUAGUGAGAUAACUUUGAAAGAUUAUAAGAUUGUUAAUAUACGUCAGGCGUACAGCAUCAUUUACCAGUUGUUCAUGGCCACUGCUGCUGCGGAAUUUCGACUUUCAUAUGAACAUCGUCGCCUGAGCGUCAAGAAUGUUUUGAUUAUUUCCUGUGACCCUAAUGAUACAAUUAGAGCCUACUUUGACGGUUCUGAAGUCUACAUACAUACACAUGGUGUCAAAGUCAAGAUUAUAAGUUCUUCUUUUUGCAGAAUGACCAAAGAUGAAUCUUUGAUCUAUUUCGAUUGGGCAUCGAAUGAAGGAUUUUUAAUGGGUGAAAAUAAUUUAGAACAAAUUGCCUUUCAAACAAUGCGCACGCUGAAUAAAAACCUUUGGCAACCAUUUUGUCCUACAUCAAACGUUAUCUGGCUGACAUACAUCAUUGAUUACGUUCAUGAUCGACUACUGCAAUUGCGAGUUGACAGCCCGGAAAUUCGUGAUGAAUUUCUUGAUCAUUUUAAAUUCUUGCAUUUAUAUGAUACUGCUUGGAAAUGGAUUUCCGAUCAUAUUGAUAGCUAUAUGAAGAAGGAAAUUAUUGAGAAGUCAGAGGCUGAAGAAGCAUAA